AUGUCAAUUCCAUGGAAACUAUACCUUACUUGUUGGUUUCUUGGGGCUUCCGUCCAAAGUGCUGUGUUUUUUAGCUUCAAUGCUGUAGAUUAUUUCAAUUUUUUCUUUCCUGAGAACUACAAACCAGAAGUCUACAUUGGUGUGACCGUGGGAGUAGGAGCGACACUGGGUGCGAUCUUAACAGUGACAUUCCAACCCAAAUCAACUCACUUGACAGUACUGCUCAUCACACAGAUCAUCUCAGCGCUUUUACUGGUCGCAGAAGUGGUUAUUGUCCCUCUUGACCACGGCGUAAUAUCGACACCUGCACGGUUUGGAGUUAUCCUCGCUGUGAUAUUAGCAGCAACAGUUGUUCAAAAUGUCGGCGGAGGUGCGCUGUACAGUUUUGUUGGAAAGCAUUUCCCGAAAUUUGGCAUCCACGCUGCUCAGUCUGGUGGUGUCUGCGCAUUCGCAGCAACUUUUGUGAUCCGUUGUAUUUCCAAGGGCUCGUUUGAGCACCUCAAAGACAGGGAUCGUGGUUUUCGUCUCAGUGGUUUCCUGUUUGUCGCUUUGGUGGACCUUAUCAUUCUCGUAGCGUGCUGUUUACUCCCUAUACUGCGUACACACGUGAAAGCUGUUAUCGAGGGACCGUUGAACGCCAUGGAAACCACCCCACUGUUAAGGAGCACUGAAUUCACACACACUUCACGUACAGUGGUCAUGCGAAAAAACUGGGCGGUCCUCACUACAAUUUGCCUAACGCUUGUCAUAUCCAAUUCCUUGUUUCCUGGCAUCACAUCGCAGUUUCACGGGAACUACAACUGCUCGCGUUCAAGGCAACAUGCUUAUGGCAUAUCUUCAGCCAACACACUCGACACGACAGAAACUGCGCCAACCACCAACCCUGAUCCGAAGUUAAGUGACAAGACUGGAUGGUUUGUAGUAAUCCUGUUCGGCUGUUAUUCAGUGGCAGAUGCAAUAGGCAAAAAUUUACCUAUAUUUGGAAUAAUCUAUAACAAACUUUCAAUCCUUUGCAAUUGCCUAGUUCAACUAGUCAUAGCCAUACCAAUCUUGCUAAUCUAUUUUAAGCCAUGCAACGUCGGACUGCAAGCUGACUGGGUCGCUUAUCUCACAGUCGGUCUUCUGGGGCUUAUCAAUGGUUAUGGUUUGUGUGCUGCAAUGAUGCUCCUCUCACCUGGGAAACCAGAAAAUAAGCACGAGGAAGGCCUGGCAACCAGUAUUGGGUACAUGUUCCUGCAAAUGGGAAUUCUGUUGGGUAUGGGUACAUCGGUGUUCCUUGUUGACUACGUUUUUGAAAUAACUAGACAUUAAGAGGCCUCCAAAUAAACAUAAAUGCGACAACAGUAGCUAUGUACUAGGCAUUUAAUAACCAGUUUCUAUUUACUUCGUAUCUGUAGUGAGAAGACGUUCGAGAAGAUUUUUGAUCCCAGUUUCCUUUAUGCCCUCUAACCCUGAGCCUCAUUUGAGGACGUAAGAAACUUAACACGACAAGAAACUGGAGAAAAAAUGAGUUCGCCCUCGACGAGUUUAGAUAGUCCAUGUAUAGUUGAAACAUCUUUCGCAUGUUUGGAGUAGCAAGACACAACAUUUUCAAGGGCAACUAGAUAGGCAUUAAAUUCUGUUUAAUGAGAACAUCAUGAGACAUUGUUUGUGAUACAUCAACAAAUACGAAUUAAAGAAAACUUAACAGAUUAAUGUUGUAGCAGGUUUUCGUUAGCAACGGUAGUGGGUUGUGGUGUGUGCAAAGGUGUCUACAAAAUUCUUAUUUUAAUUUGCAAGACUUAACUUUUUUAGCCACCGAAAAACCUAACCUCAAGGAAAAAAUAAGAACGCUUAGUUUAUACUUGUAUCGAGAAAAAAACGUAGCCUAA